AUGGAACUCUUACUUCCACACCCUUCGAACUCAACACCUCUCACCGUCCUCGGCUUCUUAGACCGAGCCGCCUCCGUCUACGGUGAUUGUCCGUCCGUCCUCCACUCCACAAACAACACCGUCCACACUUGGUCCGAAACACACAACCGCUGUCUCCGGAUCGCGUCGGCCCUCACUUCCUCCUCUCUCGGGAUUAACAAAGGCCAAGUCGUCUCCGUCGUGGGCCCCAACGUCCCUUCCGUUUACGAGCUUCAGUUUGCCGUGCCAAUGUCCGGAGCCAUCUUAAACAACAUCAACCCGCGUUUGGACGCACACGCACUCUCUAUCCUCCUGCGUCACAGCGAAUCCAAGCUCGUUUUCGUCGACCAAAGCUCAAUCUCUUUAGUCCUCGAAGCAGUCUCCUUCUUGGGACAACACGAGAAACCUCACCUCGUUCUCCUCAACGACGACGAGGAGAAAGAUUCUUCGUCCGCUUCGGAUUUUCUUGACACUUACGAAGGGAUCAUGGAGAGAGGAGACUCGAGGUUCAAGUGGAUCCGUCCUCAAACGGAGUGGCAGCCAAUGGUUCUUAACUACACUUCCGGAACGACGUCGUCUCCUAAAGGAGUUGUGCUUAGUCACAGAGCAAUUUUCAUGCUAACCGUUAGCUCCUUGCUUGACUGGUCUUUUCCUAACCGGGCGGUUUACUUGUGGACUUUACCGAUGUUCCACGCCAACGGUUGGGGUUACACGUGGGGAACCGCGGCGGUUGGAGCCACCAAUGUCUGCACGCGUAGAGUCGACGCGCCAACUAUAUACGACUUGAUCGAUAAGCACCACGUCACUCACAUGUGUGCAGCACCGAUGGUUCUCAACAUGCUAACCAACUACCCUUCUCCUAAACCGCUAAAUAACCCUGUUCAGGUUAUGACGGCCGGAGCUCCACCUCCGGCAACCAUCAUCUCCCGAGCAGAAUCCCUCGGGUUCAAUGUUGGUCAUGGGUACGGUUUAACGGAAACCGGAGGCCCGGUUGUGUCAUGUGCUUGGAAGCCAGAGUGGAACCAUCUCGAACCAUUGGAGAGAGCUGGACUGAAAUCAAGACAAGGAGUGAGAACUAUUGGAUUUGCAGAAGUCGAUGUUAGGAACCGGUUAACAGGAAAGAGCGUGGAACACGACGGAGUUUCUGUCGGAGAGAUCGUUCUCAAAGGAGGAUCGGUUAUGCUGGGUUACUACAAAGACCCGGAAGGAACCGCGGCUUGUAUGAGAGAAGACGGGUGGUUCUACACCGGAGACGUUGGGGUUAUACACAAAGACGGUUACUUGGAGGUCAAGGACCGAUCAAAAGAUGUGAUCAUAUGCGGAGGAGAGAACAUAAGCAGCGCAGAGGUUGAGACGGUUCUGUAUACAAAUCCGGUGGUGAAGGAAGCUGCGGUGGUGGCUAAACCAGAUAAGAUGUGGGGAGAGACUCCGUGUGCUUUUGUGAGCUUGAAGUAUGAUCAUAAUGGUGAUGGAUCAGUGACUGAGAGAGAGAUAAGGGAAUUUUGUAAGACGAAGUUACCUAAGUAUAUGGUUCCGAGGAAAGUGAUUUUUCAGGAGGAGCUUCCAAAGACAUCUACUGGAAAGAUUCAGAAGUUUCUUCUCAGACAAAUGGCCAAGUCUCUGUCUUGAAGAUCCGGACGUGGUAUUAAGAAUAUGAACGAAAUAAAGACUUAUCUUUUGUGUUGUAUUAUUGUAUUUGUACCCCCCUGAGAGGGGAUUAUUAGUUUCUAAAUUUGAUGAACC